UUUUCAUUUCGAGUUCAAUUAGUAAAACGGUAAAAUUAUUACUCUUCACAGAACUAUUCAAAAAUUUAAAUCGAUAUUAUGAUUUUGCCACACAUAAUAAAAUAUUUACUUUUAAGUCUUAUAGCGGUAAUAUUUUAUCAAAAUCUUACCGCGGCAAUAUCGAUAAAAUGUGGUCUUGAAGCCAACUGCACAAUAACGGCAGAUAGUGAAAUUUGUAUACUGGAAGAUACUAAAGAUGACGUUUGUAUACGUAAAUAUCCUAGUAAAUGUCAUAUGGAUAUAGUUGCCUGUAAACUGGGGAAAAAUUUUACUGAUUUCAGCGCAGAGUAUUGUACCAUGGAUACUUUUAUCUGCGAAGAGGGUUACGAACGCUGGACUAUAUUUUUUGGUCAUGAAAAUCUAAUUAAAUAAUAAUAAAAUAAGGUUAAUCAAUCAUUAUUAUAAACUAAAAAUUAAACAAAAAAUAAUAUAUUUUUAAAAAUAUGCACGCAACAUACCUGCUCAUCAUGGA